UUCAAUUGUUCACCAAACGUAUAAAUAUCGACGCUAAAGCCUUCCAGAAUCAGUUCUUGUCCUGGCAAUUGUCCAAAAGACGACCAUGAUGCAAAGAACAUUAACCAUCUUCGCUCUCCUGCUGUUUGUAACAGCAGUGCAGUCUUUUCAUCCAUGGUAUUACUGUUAUCCUGGAGGUUUGUAUAAUUCACUGACUCACCUCUGUUGCAACUACCAAAUCGUGGUUAAAGGUCCGAAUAAUGCCUGCUGUGGAACAACCCCUAUUAAUUACCUAACUCAAAGAUGUUGUGGAUCGCAAGUAUACCCAGCGGGUAGUUUAACUAAGUGUUGUUAUUAUGUUCAUUGGCCUGGUUAUAUCCAUUAUUACUUAUGUUAACAACUGAUUCUGGAAUUGUCUAAGAAUGUAAAGUGUCAAUUUUCUCGAUACUAUCCCAAUGAUUCAAUGACACAUAUAAUAAAAUUCCUUAUGUAAAUUAUUAAUUUUAAAAAUGUAAUAAAUGAGGCUAUUAUUAAUGUAGGAUAUAUGAAAUGCUGCUGACGCUAACUUUGAAACCGUUUUUAACGUAUCACAUAAAACGCUGUAAAACAUUUAGUUAACUUCCUCUCGUUAAUCAAAGAUAAUUCGUUGAAAUUUUGAAAGAAUCAUCGUAUAGAAAAUUUAAUAAAUGAAUAUCAUGAAUCAUAU